GUUCAUACAUGUUUCUACCAAUUUGUAGUGCCAACCUAAGCGCGUCAACAUUCCAUUUUAUUUUUGUUCGUCUCCGUAACCAAAUCCAGGUCUCCGCACUGUCGCCGUUGAUCACAUCAAAAUGUCAAUACCGCUGCGUUUCCUCUGCAUUCCGAUGGUUCUUGCCUCGUUGAAAGUGGUCACGGAUGUUCCUCUAACAGUAGCUCAAGGAGUUGCUGCCUCGGCUUUCUGCACUGAAGGUUUCGUACUCGACGCGUCAGGCACUCUGUGCGUGAAAAAUCUGAAGCAGCCUUUCUCACUGUCGUGUCCGGCCAAUUGCGAAUUUGAUGUCAAUGGCACAUGCUCUUGCCUCGAAGAAGCACAGAGUGAAUCCUCCUGCCCACCCGGUUUUGCAUUUGACAGCGGUCUCAAGCUCUGUGCUACGACGGUCGAGACCCCGGUGCUUCAAGCGUGUCCAGCAGACAGAAAACUCGUCAACAACAAAUGCACUGGAGUGUCUGUGAUGGCUCCCCAGUUCCGAUGUCCUCCUCCGUCAGUUCUCAGAGGCGACCUCUGCAUCCAGGAGGACGCGGUUGCGCCCGAGCAGCGGUGUCCUCUGGGCUUCAGUCUCUCCUUCCAGGGCAGUGAGGCUUGGCGUUCACUGCGUGGUCGUCUGGACAGCGAAACGGCGCCUGCGCUGCGAACUCUGGGUAUUUUUGGUCGGGGGAGAAAGAGCGACGAUGACGACGAUACCGGUCCCUCGUUCUUCGAAAAACCCGAUGGGGAGAGGAAGAAACCUUUGGUAGGUGCGCUUCGAGCAUCCCAGCACCAUUCAGGUUAUGCAGCGCCAGACAACCUGGCAACGGGACUCUCCAACCUGGCACUGACACCAGCGCCGUCGACUACCGAAAUGCCGGAACCUUCCGCCAUUUGCAUUAGCAAUGAUGUGACACCUGCCCGGCCAUCCUGCCCGCCAGGCCAUCGUCUCGAAAACGGCGUUUGCGUCAGUGAAAUUGUGGAAGCAGUGGAGAUGCAAUGUGAAGGCGGUUUCCAUUACGAUUUGGCAACCGGCAGUUGUGUCAAGGAAAACUUGAUCCCGUCCAACACUGAGUGCCCGGAGGGGUACCGCAUCGAGGGGAACCAGUGUGUCGUCAGCGAAGUUGAAGAGGCACAGCGUGCCUGUCGGGACGGCUUCACCUAUCGGGCCGACGAAGAUAUGUGCAUCAAGAUUUUGAGGGAGCCGCCACGUCUGAAGUGCCCAGGAAACGACUACUACUUUGACGGGCGCAACUGCGAGAAGCGGCUUUCUGUCGAUCCGACGCACAACUGCGCAGCAGGCCGUCUCAUGAAUGAUGCGUGCCUGAUUGUCGAGAGCAAACCUGCCAUUUCUGUCUGCCCAUCCACUUCCUCACUCGAUAAGAAGCUGAUGAAGUGCCUGAGCUCAGCUGUAGCGCCCGUGAAAUACUACUGCAGCCAGGGAGACCUCACAGAGGAGAAGACGUGUCUGAACCGCAAGACGCGCGCAGUCCAGGCUGUGUGUCCAGAUGGUUUUGACCAGAGGAGCAACGCAUGCGUCAAAGAAAAAGCUUUUCAACCCGUCGCCUUGUGUCCGGAUGGAGCUGCACUCGUCGGCGCAGACUGCCUCUUGCAAGAAGAUUCGACUCCUCAGCUAACGUGCGGGCCCGGUUUCGAGAUUCACGGGGACAAGUGUGUGAUGGCAAAAAAGGUGGCGCCUCUACAGACUUGCGCAGCGGGCUACACACCGUAUAAAGACAAGUGCAUUAAACAGACCCGUCGGUCGGGGCAGAUCACCUGUCCGGAUACUUUCACAUACGACGGUACACAGUGCGUCGUGAACGACCAGCAGAAGCCCAUUUACGUGUGCCCUGACGGAUACAUUCCACAGGGCGAUACAGGCGAAUGCGUGGUGAACACGGAAAAGCCCGAAGUACCGAUCCCGUCUCCACUGGAUUCCCCCGCGACCACCUUGGAGGAAAAGAAAAAAACGGGUCUCCAGAUUAUGUCACUGGGCAGGCGAAAGCCACAGUUCAUGAUGUCUGCUUAG